GCUGUUGGGAGCAGCUGGCUAACCACUGAGCUACCCCCUCUUCCGUCUCCCUGAAGGCAGCUGAACGGAGCCGUGAACGAACCCCGCACAUUCAUGCCUCUCCCGUGGCCCCGGUGGCAGCGACAUAGACGGUCUGAGCUUUAGCUGUUAGCCAUGGAGCUAGUGUGUAGAUGUUAGUGUGGUUCAUCCCCUUUAGCCGUAGCUAGCUCUUUUUCUGUCCUGGACAAGACGGCCCCCUUUCUCGUCGCCACAGGAGGAUGCUGAAGCUGUUUGGUUCGCUGGUCAUCCUCGGACUGGUCCUGGCUGGUAUCGCCUCCUGGAUGCUGGAUAGGUAUGACACCACUUGGCAUCCGAAACGCAGCGUUCGGGACCCGGUUGUCGGCGAUGGAGGUGGAUUAAGGGGGAGUACACCACCAUUUCCCGGCGGCGAGUUGAACAACGUAUUCUGGUUUAUACAGGUAUCUGACAUUCACAUAAGUCGAUUUCACGACCCAAAGCGGAUUCCAGACUUUGAGAAGUUCUGCACCGACACCAUCCAGGUGAUCAACCCAGCUCUUGUGCUGGCAACAGGUGACUUAACAGAUGCAAAAACAGAGAGUAAGGUAGGUUCCCUUCAGCACGAGGUGGAGUGGCAAGCCUACCACAACGUCCUGAAGAGGUCACGGGUGAUGGAGCGCACCAAAUGGAUUGACAUUCGAGGAAAUCAUGAUGCUUUCAACAUAAUUUCACUGGACAGCAUCAACAAUUAUUACAGAAAAUAUUCAGCUAAUCAGAAAGUUGGAUCUUUCCACUAUGUUCACAAAACUCCAUUUGGAAACUACUCGUUCGUCUGCGUCGAUGCCACCCUGACCCCGGGACCAAAGAGACCAUAUAACUUUGUUGGUAUUCUCGAUCAGAGCCAGAUGGAAUUGCUGGACACAUUCAGAGCUGAGAGUCUGAGGAGCAACCAGUCGAUCUGGUUUGGCCACUACACCACCUCUACUAUUGUCUCCCCAUCUCCAGGAGUCAGAGACGCGAUGAGGUCUGCAGCUGCGUAUCUGUGUGGCCACCUGCACACACUCGGUGGCUUGAUGCCCGUCCUUCACAGCCGACAUCCACAAGGCACCUUAGAGUUGGAGCUGGGUGACUGGAUGGAAAACCGGAGGUACAGAGUCUUGGCUUUUGACCAUGACCUGUUGAGCUUCUCUGACCUGCGGUUUGAGCAGUGGCCUGCAGUUCUCAUCACAAACCCGAAGGACGCCCAGUACCUCCACCCCGGGGUUGAACCGUUAGGGCGGAUAAGGAAAUCGACACACGUCAGGAUCUUAGCCUUCUCAGAAGUCCCGAUCACUGUUGUGCACGUGAGCAUCGACGGGGAAGCUCUGGGGAAUGGCCACUCUGCUGGAGGCCCUCUUUAUGUCCUGCAGUGGGAUCCAUCUCUGUACCUCACUGGGCUGCACACAAUCAGAGUUAAAGUGGAGGACUCUGCCGGCCGCUCAUUGGUGCGAGAGCAGCACUUUACUCUGGAGGAUGGUCUGACUCCCAGUUUUGGUUUUGCACAGUCCUUCAUCCUCCUCACAGACCACUACAUUCUGGGCCGAGUCCUCUUUAUAUCCGCUGUGCUGCUGAACGUCAGUGUGCUGCUCGCCUCCAGGUUCCUACAACUUCCUUCUGGCAGAGGACAUUUCUCCACGGCGUGUACGUCUCUUCACCUGAUUAGUAAAAUGAACACCUUCUACUACUCUCUGCUGCUGUUCAACCUGUACACGGCUUUAGGUCCGUGGUUCAUAGGAGAGCUGGUCGACGGCCACAGUGGCGCCUGCUUUGCCUACGGGGUCUUCAUCAAUGGACAUUUCCUGGAGGGCAGUCUCACUUACAUUGUUGGAGUCAUUCAAAUGGUCUUCUUCAACAUACCCCUCACCUCUUACCUCUGCUGGAGCCUCCACCACCGAUGUCACGGCAAUAGCUUACGAUCACACUUUGUGCAGCCGGGUCGCCGCUGGCCGCCCCUGGCUGUCCACUUCCUGAUGCUGCUGCUCCUCACCUGGCAGGCCUACUCCUGUUGCUUUCUGCUGGAGACCUACGGCCUCAUGGCCUUUUUCCUGUCUCCCGUCCGCACGUGGGCAUUAGUGCUCAGUCUGCUCUUGAUCCACCGUGCUUGGACAGGCCCCACCCCUUUUUGUUCAUAACAACAAGAGGGUCUCUCCUUCUUGACAGUAACUGCACUGUUGCUCUUGAGCCUGACUCUUUGGUAUAUUUUGCCAUUUCCAUUCACCCAUCAAGCAGCAGCAGUCCUUUCUUUUCUCUUCCAUCCAGAGCCUCAUUCUAAUACUCACUAUUCCCUUUCCAGAUUGUAUUGUUUACUUGAUAUGCACGUUAUUGUAAAGCACCAGUGAGCACAUUUCCGACCAUACUCAUAGCGAUGUGUAGAGCAACAUCAUGGAUGCAUAAAGGGGUAAAACAGCUCAUGUGAGCAGCGCGAGGACUGGUCCACCUUCUGCUGCGUGUCGUAUCAGAGCCGCUCUCUGCUGUGGCUCAAAAGGACUUAUUUACUUGAGAUUUAGCACUUUUUUGGGGACAUGUUGCCUUGGCCAAAUGCCACCUCACCACUGCCAAAGGAUGAACAGGAAAGAUUUUACAUUUUAAUCCCUCAGGGAUUAAUAAAGUAUCUUUGAAUUGAAUUGAAUUGAAUUAUUUUUCCAUCUGAAUCACAGGUUUAGUUUUUAGAUGAAGGCUGGUUGUGCCAAACCAAACGUCGGGUGUACCUUUCAGCUACAAACAUGCAGACAGGGAAAGGUUAUGCUACAUUUUAAACUCUCUCGUGAGGUAUCGCUCCACCCUGUACCGGGUACGACAGCUGUAGUUUUUAUUAGCAGGAAUGACAAAUGCAACCUUGACCCAUCAUGAUUUUAUUUUACACAACAGAGAAUCUAAAGACCUCAAUUAAUGCAAUGGCAAAUCUGCAAAACAAAAGCUAGCUCUUAAACACAAACGCAGCCACAUAUCUUUCACCCCUCCCAUCAGCUGUCAUCCCUGGGCCAUGUCUGCCUGAUAUGGGAACGCGCAUCGCCACAGUUAGAGAUAUUGUUUCUCAGUCCAAACAUUUUUUGUUGUCUGACUUCAAAUUAUGUUUUUCUUUUUGGGACUCUAGUAGUUUGUCCUAAAGUGGUCGCAGCUGGCUGUUUCUCCUUCUCUGAUAUUAUUAAGAGAUCCUCUCACACCAGUGGUGUUCUGUUGCUAAAUAUGCGAGUGUGUAAUGAAUGAAGGACCCAGGUAAGUGCAGAAGUGCUGUGGUCCAGUUGUUGGUUUCGGACAGAGCUGUGUUUUUGGCAAUGGUUUUUAGACAAAUGUGACAAAACCACUUCAUUAUUUUUUUCUCAAUCUUUUUUUUAUCCCCACAAAAUAUUCAUAGCUAUACCAUGUCAUGACGUUAAGAAGCAUGAAUAAAUGUCCUAAGCUAGCUUGUUCUGCAGAUUUGCCAUUAGCAUUAGCUUUAGGUCCUGUAGUUGUGAUAACUAGUAUUUUAUGAUUAAUUGUCUUUUAAUUGAAUUAAUUCCACUGCAAACAACUGCCAACAUGAACUCAGUGCUCAUAUAUGUAUAUUUAGAACAAAAACAAAGGCCAGUCUUUACCAAAACACAGAAUCUGACUGAACUUUUCACCGGAAAGCAGCUGUUUGUGUCUCAGGAAUGUGAACGCUCAAGCUUGAGUCCAGUACCGGUAGUAUUUCACAACAUUUUAUACAUAAUAACAAUUCAGUGUACUACAACCAUGUUAAACCAUCCAGAUGUUCGAAGGCUUGAAAAACAAAAUGAAUGUUUUAUGAUCAAAAGACACAGAACUAUGUUUUGUUUUGUUUUUUUUCAUUAAUUUUGAUCAUAUAAUGUGAUGUGAUUGGAAGAAAGUAUGUUUCAGCUCCAUUUGGAGCUCAGCUGGGCAUUUAGAAAGCAUUUCCUGCAUUGGGAGUGAAAGCUGACAAUAAGAGUUCUGUGUGAAUUGUUUGUUUUGUCCUUGUUCAGAAUGUGACUUCCCUUUUUUGUGAAAAGUCUGAGUGAUGCGCUUAAAUUCAAACCUUUCUAGGUGGAUGUUGCAAUUCUUUGAUUUUUACAAGAGUUUAUCUAUGAAUGAUACAUUAAUCAUGGUGAAAAUGACAUGCACACAAUGUUUUAAUAUGUAAAAUGUUCGAAUCAAGAGGCAGUUGUUUUAGAUUUGCCCAGCAUGACUGCAUUUUCUGUUCCCCUUCAGAGAAUUUUGAAUGAUUUGCACUUUUGGAGAAAAAAAAAACUUUAUCCUAUUUGAAUUCAUGCUCUUUUUGUCACUUUUCCAGCUAUCAUCUAUCUGUCCACAAGGUGGCAGUAUUUAAUCACUUUGAAUGGUAAUGAGAACUUCAUGUCUUGCACCUUAAAGUAAUGCACGGCCCUUUUUUUCCCCCACAAAAAAAAAAAAAAGCACUGAAACUUUACCUGGUCAAGGCAGGUUUGACAGUUUAUUGUCACUUAUUGAGUAACUGGACGUGAUAAGUUUGAACUGUUCACUGACCAGACUGCUGAAAGAAUUGCUCGUUUCAACUCCACCGACACACUGCACCACAAUGAGGGGAAACCCAAAGCAGUCUUUGGUUUUUUGUCCCCCUCUUCUGCAUCCAAACUCCGAAGCUUCAGAGCGAGUGGAUGGUAAUUUUACACCUGCCACAUAUUUUUUUCUUGUGACAACUAAACUUUAAACUACAGCUGUAUUUUAUGACUGGUUUCUAGUGCUGUGGAAUAAAAGGAAAAUGUCCAUUACUGUCA